AUGCUGGUACUGAAGGCCUCAUAUGUUAUCGAGGCAGUGCACGGAUGGCGUUGCAAACACCAGUUAGAGCAGGGGACCGCGACGCCGGGGUACUAUCGUGGGUACGCUCAAUCGGCAACCCAGAGAGUGGGACCAAAUGUUACCGAUGACUAUGAACGGUGGUACACCGACGCAACGCCCAGCAACCGAAUGGUACUCUCUCUUCGCUGUGGUAUACACACCGAGAUAGGAUGGGCGCUUGAUCGGCUGCACAGGCUUUGCACGAAUGACCAGUUCGCUCUCAAAGCCAUUCCAGGUCUGACUGAAGCACUUUUCGAAUGGCCCGAGUGGUAUGUCACGGAGGGACAUCUGGAGCCCGAAGGUUGUUCUUUCUUUACAUCCUCAACGGUCGCAGAGAAGAAACGCCGGCAUGCAGUGGAGUCGCUCUUUAUCCUACGCAACUCAGUCGUGAACGAGCCUAAUGUCCAUGAGCUUGCAAACCACUCUCGGACGCAACCACUGCUUUUCCGCGCCCUCACUAAUCUCGAUUUGGAUGCUGAAACUAACAAUGAAUUUCUCCUGAACACUAUAGAGCUCCUGCAAGCUAUCUCCCCGAGCGUGGUACUACCCACUCCAUCCGCAGACGAGAAGGAUCCCCUUGCUGGGCUACUGCACAUAGUAGAACAUUCUUCCAAUCGGUCUUUGAUCAUUGCGACUCUCACUCUUCUUGGCCAGCUAUUUUUCAACACUUCAAAUUUACCCCGCCUGCAGGCAGAAUCCCCUGCUCUGUCUGCCUCGAUACGAUACCUUCCGCUCUUCGUUGAUAAACCUUUGGUGGAGGCAUCCCUUAAUUACCUUUACGCUCAUCUUUCACAUCCACCAAUGGUAAAGUCUUUUUUUCAUCACCACCUGAUGCCAAGCGCGCUUCGCGUUCUUGUGAGUCUCCUAUUGUCGGAGCAAGUGGAGGAGACGGUGUCGCAGGACAUCUCUUUCCCUGCAAAGACGGUCCCCGCGGUUACAAUGGUUACACCUGACCAUGAUUUGACGCGAGAGGAAUUGGACCGCCUUCUGCCAAUGCCAGAACCUCAACGCUGUUACGAGUGGAUGCGAACUAUGUUCGUGGCUAAACCAGAAGGUGAAAUGACUCAAGUUGACUUCUGGAACCUCUACAAGGAUGCGUUUACACCGCACGUCGAGCGUUUUCCUGUUCUGGUUGCGUCUGACGUCAUCAAGAACGUGAAUGUAGUAUUUCCCCAAGCCCAGGCGAUGGUACUUCCGGGUCCUCCGCAACGGUUCGUUGUGCGAGGGGUUGACCGACGGAAAGAAGCACAAGACAGCCCAAGGUUCAGAUGUCAGUGGGACAAGUCUCAAUGUUCGGUCCCAGCAUUUGGGUCCGUGGGUGAACUAUACGAUCACCUUCUCCAACAUAUAGAUGCCCUCGGGGUUACCGAACCAAUAUGUCUAUGGUCAACGUGUUCCAUCUCGCUUUCCAAGGCGUCCCUGAGGUCGCAUGUCUUAACCCACAUGCCUAGUGCACAACUCCCAGCGAAACACGCUUCACAAGAUGAAAUGGUGACUCUUUCACUAACCGACGAGGUGUAUCCUAUCGUAGACCCGACUCGGCGGGAUCUGCCGCCGCUACGCAAUGCAACUAUCACUUUCCGUCGACCUGCUGCUGAUCCACCUUCUACAUCACUCACGGCAUUGCUUAUCAUCCGCAUUCUCUUCCGCACCUCCUUUGUCGCAACAGACCUGGCUCCACGUGCGGAUGGUGAACGAUUUGGUUUCCCAGGGGUUGUUGUAGAAGAUGAGGGGGAUAAUGUUACAAACGAGGAAUACGCGUACGAGGUUGAAGGAGAGAGAAGGGGCAGACGUGCAUUCGUGGGUGUCAGGAGAAUGAUGGAGGAUGUGAGGAUUAAAGAUGAAGCACUCAUGAGUUGGAUAGUGGAAAUGAGCCAUGCGGCAUAUGACGGUUUGCCUCAGUCGUGAAUGGCGAUGGAGACGGGAGCCGAGCCCUCCCCCCCAUUCCAGGUGCAGGGCUUACCGUCGGCCGCUGGACCCCGAGGUGUCAGCGGUGUCAUAGGGCAUCCUUGCAUUUGUCUCCAGAGCAUGUCACACCGAUAGUCUAAAAAGUCGAUCUAACGAGCUCGCUUCUCGACAGAAUUUGACCGGGAUUUCUACAAUGCAGCUUUUCGAUAACGAAGACCCCCAUGGGCAGCCCUCUUAAAAGAGUAGAAGGAAAGCAGUCAAUAUAAAGCAUGCUUACACCUAGUAUUGUCGUCGAAUAGCUGACUGCGAGCCACUGUUAUCAGCUGGCCCCUUUACCGCGCGAAAGAUGUGCCCUGGACGACAACAUUGAAGCGCGCAUACCCACUCCGUUUCACAGUGUACCAACAGAAACG